AUGGGCCCAGGGCGAUGGGCCCAGGGCGAUGGGCCCAGGGCGAUGGGCCCAGGGCGAUGGGCCCAGGGCGAUGGGCCCAGGGCGAUGGGCCCAGGGCGAUGGGCCCAGGGCGAUGGGCCCAGGGCGAUGGAGGCCUCACAGAGGUCUGAGGAGGGACUCUCAGACUUCCCUUUCUGCACAGACUCCCUCCAGCUCCUCCUGGGGUACUCCAGGGCUUUCCCAGGCCAGCUCAGAGACACAGUCCCUCCAGUGUGUCCGGGGUCGUCCCAGGGGCCUACUCCAUACAUCAACUGCGAAGAUUUCAGUCACGGACCAGAGUUGUUUGAGCCUCUGAAAGACCAAAACGUUCUGGACUUAACAAACAAUAACAUACAAUCUUUGGACAUUUUACAUGGUGCUAAUCUCACCAAAGUGGAAAAGUUGAUCUUACAAAACAAUAAGCUAGCAGUUAUAAAUGAGGCUGUUUUUGAAGCUCUCCCUUCACUAAAAUACCUUGACUUAUCUGGAAAUCCUUUUGCAUGUAACUGCUCAAACGCUGGGUUCAUAAGCUGGGCGAUCAGAAACAAACAAGUCCAAGUGGUCAAUGCUUUUCAGUACAGAUGUUCUUCUCCUCCGACUGAAGAAGGACACUUUCUGCUGGACUUUAAUGUGCAGCUGUCUGGUCUACGGCUUCUACCUCCUUUUGGCUUUCUCUACGACAGUAAAAAGAAGAGACAGGGCUGUCCUGACAUCUACGACGCGUUUGUGUCCUACAAUGUCCAUGAUGAGGACUGGGUUUAUGGAGAGCUACUCCCUGAACUGGAAGGGGUACAGGGAUGGAGACUGUGUCUGCACCACCGCGACUUCCAGCCAGGGAAACCCAUCAUUGAGAACAUCACAGACGCCAUCUACAGCAGCAGGAAGACUCUGUGUGUGAUCAGCCGCCGCUACCUGCAGAGCGAGUGGUGCUCACGGGAGAUACAGAUGGCCAGUUACCGUCUGUUCGAUGAGCAGAAGGACGUGCUGAUCCUAUUGUUUCUAGAGAAGAUCUCAUCCAAUCAGCUCAGUCCGUUCUACCGCAUGAGGAAUCUGGUGAAGAGCCGCACGUAUCUGAGCUGGAGCCAGGUCCAGAGCCAUAAGGGCCUGUUCUGGGAGAAUGUACGCAGAGCGUUAGAGUGUGGCAACGAACCUGCUGACAGCCACAACCCUCUAACUGCUAACGUUUAUUAG